CUGAUAUUUUGCAGCCUGUCUGUCUUGGUGGCAGCAGCCGGCAGGCAGCAAGUCCAAGAAAAGGUGGAGACUAUUGGUGAACUUCCUGCACAAUAUCCUUGAAACAGCACAAAUUGAGAAGAGGGCAGGCUGGGGGAGAAGACGAAUGGAUGUACGGCUCACUUUGCUUCUUUUACGACAGUGAAUCGACAGAAAACAAGUCGGUGGUCGAUUAGACUUAUCUACCUGUGUUUUAGCUAGCUGAGGCUGCAGGAGAGGAGAUUCACAAACCUUUGAUAGAGAGUGUGAGCGACGGACAGGAAUGGAGGUUGUGGUGGAGUAUGACUACGAAGCGCUCCACGAGGAUGAGCUGACUCUGCGACCUGGGGACAUCCUCAAGAACGUGCGAUAUGUAGAGGAGGAUGGAUGGAUGGAGGGAGACCUCAACGGGAAAAGGGGUCUCUUCCCUGACAACUUUGUCAAGGAAUUGAAGAAGGAAUCAAAAGAGGUCAAAGAAACGAAGGCAGAGCCAAAAGAGGAGAGCUCUCAACCCCAGAGGAGAGAGAAGAGUGCAGGAAACGUGGCCAACCUGGUCCAGAGGAUGAGCACCAUCGGCAUCCCAACAGGCGGCUUCCAGCCUCAGCCUCCAGCAGCCGCCAAGAAGCCGAAGAAGAGGCAGUGCAAGGUGCUGUUUGACUAUCAGCCUCAGAACGAAGACGAGUUGGAGCUCAAAGCUGGAGACAUCGUAGACAUCACUGAAGAGGUUGAAGAGGGCUGGUGGAAUGGAAACUUGAACGGCAAGUCCGGACUGUUUCCCUCCAACUUUGUCAAAGAGGUGGACGCUGCUGGAGAGGACGCAGAGACCAACGACACAGGAGCAGCAGCAGCAGCAGACGAGACCGAUGGAAGUGGAAUGGAAAGCCUCACCACGCCCACAUCGCCACAGCCCACACCAGGAAACGGAGUCAUAGCUCAGCCCAAGAAGAUCCGAGGCAUCGGCUUCGGAGAUAUUUUCAGAGAAGGGUCUGUGAAACUAAAAACCCGGCUGCCCAGUUCUGAAACAGACGAGAAGAAGGAGAGACCAAUCCCAUCAUUACCAUCUACUGCAAAGCCUGCCCAUCCCAACAUGAGCGACGCGCAGAGAGUAGACGGAGACAACAAAUCCAAAGCUAAAGAGUACUGUAAGGUCACGUUUGCUUUUGAUUCUACAAACGAGGACGAGCUGACCAUAAAAGAGGGAGAAGUCAUCCACAUCCUGAGCAAGGACACAGGAGAGCCUGGUUGGUGGCGAGGGGAAAUCGGCGGCAGAGAAGGCGUCUUCCCCGACAACUUUGUCGUCCUUCUGUCUGAAGCAGAGAGAGAGACUUUGACGUCCAGAGGGUCGGUGAAAUCAUCACCUAAGCAGGAGUCAGAAGAGAAACCGAAGAAGCCACCUCCACCUUCAAAAAGCUUAGCUCCCAAGCCGGAGGUACCAAGCGCCGACAGGAAACCACAUCACAUCAGGUCAGAAGACAAAGCCGACAGGCCGACAUCAGAUCAUAAGCCAUCCAAGCCUGCAGCGCCCGUUGUUCCACCCAAGAAGCCAGUUCCCCCUCCAGGCAAAGGCAGACCAGGAAGCCUUCCACCAAAAAGGCCUGACAAGCCUCUUGCCCCCUCGCCAAAUCUCAAGCACAAUGGAGAGGUGCCUUUCACACGACCAAAGUCUGACUUUGAGCCACUAUUGCCCACCAAACCAAAAACUUUGUCUGCUGAAUUGGGGGAGAAAUCCUCAGUGAUGGAUCUGAUGAGUUUUGAUGAGUUGUCGUCUACCUCGGAGAAGCUCUCUCACCCCACUGCUAACAGACCCAAGAUGCCUGGAAGGAGGCUGCCUGCCCAGUUUGGAGGACACUCGCCCACCAAGGAAGUGAAUGUGGAGAAAUCUUUCAAGGUGGACGAAGAGGAUGCAGCCAAACCAAAGCUUACAGAAACCAGAAAGCCUUCAACAAACACCUUAUCGCAGUCACCACUGCACAGACAGAGCAUGGAGGCCAAGGCGAGUCCUGCAGCAGCCCCCAGCUCUGACACCCCGUCACAGGGCAGCAGGGCCCAGCCGGAACCUGACCCCUCAAACUCCCAGCUGGAAGAUCUACAGAGUCAGAUGAAGGAGCUGCUGAUGACUGUGGACCUGCUCAAGGUCCAGCAUAUGAAAGAGAUAGCAGAGCUCCGAGGGGAGCUGGAUGAGGAGAGGCUAAAGCGCAUGGCCCUGCAGAUGGAGAUAGAAAAACUAAAGCGGACCGUCCACUCGACGUGAGGCCCCCCGCACACCAAUCAACAGCGAGCCUGGAGGUCAGCUGCUGGCCUGUCAAUCAGCCAGAGAGCAGGAGGGCGGUGCUGCAGACGGAGACGUUAAUGGAUGGAGAGAGAGGGGUGGGGGAAUGGGAUGAACCACCUUAAAGCACAAUCCUGUUCACUGAUCUUCAAACUCUCCUAAUAUUUGUAAAAUUUACAUUUUGCACAUAUAAUUUUUUUUUCAAGCUCGAUGUAAUUUAGUCACAGAUGUAUAUGUUUUCUCUUUUAGUUGAUUUUUGCCAACAAACUUGAGGCCUUACUUCAAACUCUUGUGCUGGACUGUGCCCCAGCUCUCUACCCUUCACUCGGGCGUUCAUUGAACCCUGGAGGGGGGGAAACUCGCUCUCUGUACUACUGACUUUGUAUAAAGCAGGGGACAUUCACUUUCCUCACUUCACUCUUUCCUCGUUUAUAUGAUGCACAAAUCUUUGAGUUAUUUUUUAAAACGUUUAAUUUCAUUUAACAUCUUCUGAAAUCCUUUUGGUUCUGUGUGCUCCUGUCAGCGGUGUCUUUGUCUUUUUUAUGGUUUCUUGCAUUCCUAUCCAGGGUAACACUACUGUGCCUGUUAUAAUCCUAAUGAUGUAAGGUGUUUGUAAUGGGAGAUUACACAUACCAUGACGGUGUCUGGAAAUGUCGCAGCAUGAUAUUGUAUAUCUAUAUUUUUAAGUCUACUGACAUGCCUAGUCAAAUACUAAACAGAGGGCCUCUCGGAGGAGGUCACUAUAUUCUAUUUUUGUCAAAGUGUUUUACUCUCUGGGAAUGUUCUCAGAAAUGAAGCUGAUGAUUUUUACUCUUCAGGUGACGCAGGUGGAGUCCGCAUGCAAAAAAAAAACUAAGAGAGAUUGCAUUGUUUCUUGAUGGAGGUUGCUGACCAACACAUGGGCAUGUUUAUACAAACAGAUGCCUUCCUAUGAUCAUCUCUGCAACCUGCUUCUCUUCUCUUGUUUUAAUCUGGCAGAAAAAAAACCUCUUUACACCGAUCUGAGCCCGUUCUACCUCUCCUCCUCUUCUUUCUGCUUUUAUUCAAAAUGUCUUCUAUGAUGUGAGUGUGCUUUUGCUCUGUGAUGUGAUGUAGUUCACACGAGGAGAGAAAUGAACGCCCAUUCUCUCUAUUCUAAUUGUUUCAGAAGCAAUGAAUUACAAGCCCCAUGUGUUCAAUGUUGAUGUGAAUAUAUAAUACUUCAAAGUUCAAGAAGUCAGACACUCCUGGUGUGAAUCAGUGCGGCCUGUGAGUGUGUUGUGUCUGCCAGUGGAUGGCGUGCUUCAGCACACUGACAACAUUGAAGUGUGUUUAAUGAUAUCGUCAUGAAAUGCUUUCAUUGUCCACAGAAGAGAACAUGUGCUUAAUGUUUUUUAAAAUGUAAACAAACAACUUAAUGAUUUCGUCACCCAAUGAAAUUCUUCCUAACACUUCAUCUGGUUCAUCUCAAGCUUCAUGUUUACUCGAGUACACGAGGUGAGCAUCACUUCAGACUUCCAGCUGGUGUGAGCUCCCUCCUUCACACUCUACUGUACGUCACCUCAUACCUCCAUCCCUACUCACAUUCCCUUCAGCCUCACCUGGACUUAGUGGAAGUUGGAAAUAUUCAACUGUGUGGGUGACUCAAAAUAAACAACGACUCAAGAAAUGCACCAGCAUCUUAAAUGUUGCUUCACAAUGCUUGAACUUUGAGGCUGAAGACGUUAAUCACAAGAUACUUGUGAUAUUUAAAAAAAGAUCUGCUAACACGUCAUGUUUCUGUAUGAACAUAAAAAUAUGUUCCCCCCCUCAGCUCUGACCAAGAUGCAUGCUCAGUCAGACAUUUUAUUCUUGUCGAAUAUAUAAGUGCCCCCUGCAAUUAGGAAAAAUUGUGCAAAACAUAUCUUUGGAGCAUAUUAACCUCUGGCUCCACGUAACCCUCACAGAGCUGCUAGCUGAUCUUAAGCCGUGUUUAAAAACCACCGCCCAGAGAGUCCUAAGUGUUAUAACACCUAGGAGGCUUUAAAGGAUCCUGAGUAACAAACGAAGGAAACGGGGUCGCCUGGAUACUUUACAUUGUUGUUGUUUCUGAAAAGCAUCUCAGCGUUUGGAGAACAAAUCGUGCCCUCCAGUUAAUGAUCUUUUCUAAUCCUCGGGCAGAUGGAUUCUUCUUCCUGUCGGGGGGGGGGGGUUCAGAGAUGUGGAGGAUGAGCUCCCCUCAGCCGCUUCUAAACUGUAGCCCUGAGCUCCCAGUGUACCGUGUGCUUUCUUCUUAUCUCAUGCUCACAUACUUUAGAGAAACUGAAACCAGUAAAGCCUAACGCUCACGCUCUCCAGCCUCUGAACGGCUACAUGUUAGGAAUGCUUCAGUCAGAAUAUUCACAGCCUAAAUGUCCAAUUUGUAAAUGUAAAACAUCUCUUACUGUGUGUUACAAAAAGAGUACAUGUCUGUUUUAUUUUGAAAAUCUCUCUACAUAUCUCACAGAUGUCUUAAGUCUCAAGAAGUGUGUCUUUGAUUUGAAAUCGUCCUCAGGCUUCGUUGCUUGUGUUCGAUGUGUGUGUGUGUGACUCUUAAGAGUGUCGAUGAGGAUCAUCAGGUUCAGACUGUCUGAACUUAAACAGCUCACCGCACUAUCAUGCAAUAUUUUGAUACCUGAGCAUAACUUCCUUUCUUAGCACAGCAGCUCAGAAACAGCUGGGCACAAUGUGGGAGAGAGAGGGGUGUGUCCAGGGGGGGGAUUUGGGUGACAGCUCUUUAUGUAAUACCUGUAACAUGGCUUUACUUCCAUAUUUUGUACAUUCCAGAGUUUGGCACCAAGAAAAGAAAUCUGUGCACAUUUAUAACAAUUUUGUUUACAAGAGCUGUAUCCUUGCAUGAGCUGAGAUUCUUCUAAAGAGUAAAAAAAUAAAUAUCUUUAUUCAGUG